CGGGCAGAUAGAGAAACAAAAAAAACAAACAAACCCUACCUUCUUCCCAUUCCCAUCUAUCAGAAUCAGAGUAAUCCAAGAAAAGAAAAAUGCCUCCGAGGAAGAAGAAGCUCAAUCUACAACAACAACAACAACAACAACAACAACAACCACCUUCCAAGUUCGGCAUUCAGCACUUCUUCGAACGCGCUUCUCAGAAGCAGCAACAUCUCCAACCCCACACCACCACCACCACCACCACCGCCAAUGCACCACCACCAGAAGAACAACAACCACCCAACGAGGUGUCUCCGCAGACACGCUUCAAAUUCUCACCUGGGAUGUUGGUGAAGCAGAGCCAGGAUGAGGUGGUUGACGAGGUUACCUGGAAGAUAUCUCCUGUCAAUGAGAGGCUCCAGGCGGUUUCGAAAUACACGCCGGAAGUGAUUAAAGCCUUGGCCGCCUCUUCCAAAAUCAACUUGUCGCCAAUUCGCAGCAGCGGCAACAAGGAGACUUGUCUUGAUAAGGUUAUUACUUCGCCGACUCCCAAGGUGCCAUUGAGCUUCAAAAGGAUAAGCUCGGCCCGCGAUGUGAGUGGACAGAGCCCCUUCAGAACUCCACCAUCGUAUCGCCCUGACAAGGUGCAGCGUGUCAAGGAUAUUGAACGCAUCAGACCAUGCGACAAUCUUUUAUUAAGGCAGAACAAAAAGGCAUUGCUUGAACUGUUAGAUCAAGUUGAGGAUGCCAUUGCUGUUGAUGAUGUUACAGUUUGUAAUAACAACACUUAUUCCUUUAAAGUUCCGCAAGAUCUAAUUGCUAAUGAGCUUCCUGUCAAAGUCAAUCCUACAGUAGAAAGGACUAAAUCAGAUAUACCUAAAGAGGUUGUUGAUGUCUUCAGUUCUAAUUAUUUGGUUUUGGAGGUAUCUGAACUUAGGUCUGCUGAUUCAUCUGAUGCCCCAUGCUCAUCAUACAAGGUGCUUCGUUUGCUAAAUGAACAAACCGGAGAAGAGAGGGCUGUAAACCUUCAUAAUGAGUGGUUUGAUAGUGUAAUUGCACCUGGAGAUACUGUGCACAUAAUCGGUCAAUUCGACCUGGGGGGAAAUUGUGAUAUUGAUCACAAUAAAAACUUUUUGAUUGUACACCCAGAUAUUCUAGUGUCUGGAACACGGGUUGCUGCCAGUUUAAGUUGCCCAAGGAGAACUGUCUUAGACGAGAGGUUAAAAAACAAUGAUUACUCAAUUAUAGCAUUAACUGGAACGCUGCUGCACCAAAUUUUUCAGGCUGGGCUUACGAAAGAAAAUCCUACAGUAAAUUUCAUGGAAGAUUAUGCAGAAGUGGUAUUACAGAGAAACAUUGAAAGUUUGUAUGCAUGUGGAGUAAAUGAAAAUGAUGUUCGCAAAACCUUGAGAGAUGCUAUUCCUAGAAUAUUGAGUUGGAUCAAGCAGUUCAAAAAUACGAAGGAAAGAAAAGACCUCAGUGUCAAUUUUGGAUUUGAUGACGAGCCAAAGAAUGUUGGCAUAUCAGAGGUAAUUGAUAUUGAAGAGAUGGCUUGGGCUCCAAAAUAUGGUUUGAAAGGAAUGAUUGAUGCUUCAGUCAGAGUGAAAAUUCAAUCACAAAAAGAUGAUCCGGAGGAAAAGAUCAUGCCAUUAGAGUUCAAAACUGGAAAAGCACCAUACAGCCAGUCAUCAGUAGAGCACAGGGCCCAAGUAAUUUUGUACACUCUCCUAAUGUCUGAAAGGUAUCAGAAGGCUGUUGAUUCUGGUCUUCUAUACUAUCUCCGAUCCGACCAGACACAGGGUAUUGUGGUUCAAAGAUCUGACUUAACUGGGCUUAUAAUGCGGCGAAAUGAACUAGCAAGUGAUCUUCUUAAGGCAUUAACUUUGCAACAACUGCCUCCAAUGUUACAGAGUCCUAGCAUUUGCAAAGGUUGUCGCCAUCUUAAUGUGUGUAGCAUUUAUCAUAAGGCACAUGGUGGAAGCACAGAGAGCAGUGGGUUGGGAGAAGCUUUUGAUUCUCUUAGUAAUCACAUGACAUCUUCACAUUCUAAGUUUCUCUGCCGUUGGGAUCGCUUGAUUGACUUAGAAGCUAAAGAGACUGAGCUUUUAAAGAAAGGGGUGUUGCAAUCACAUAGAUUAAACAGUGGUGGCCUUUCUUCUAUUGUUCUUGAUGCUUCACAAGGAAUACCUCAUCAGAAAUCUCUCAAUGAUAAUAAAUUCGUUUAUCAUUUCAUACAACAAGAUUCUUCUUCUAGCCUCUCUGGAGUUUUUGAUGCGUCUUCUAGUGCCUCGUUGAAAAAUGAUUUAGAUUUCACACUUAGAAGUGGAGAUCAUGUGAUACUGAGUAAUCAAUCUAGCCAUCAAAUUAUUGCUAAAGGGGUGAUAUCUGAUAUUAGUCCGAUCCAUGUAUCUGUUUCCUUUUCCAAGCGUUUACGAAUUCCUGGGAGUUCUUCCACUGCACAUGAUCUCAGUCAGCAGGUUUGGAGAAUUGAUAAGGAUGAAUAUGUGACUUCAUUUGCUAUUAUGAGGUUUAAUCUUGUACAGCUUUUUCUACAAAAUGAUCAAAGUGCUCAUCUGCGGAGGAUGAUUGUUGAUCUUGAGGCUCCUAGAUUUGACAGUGGAUCUUUAGUUAGUCAGGAUCCAGCGAUAUCCUAUGUUUGGUCAGAGAAGAGUUUGAAUGAUGACCAACGUGGAGCAAUUCUCAAGAUACUUACAGCAAAAGAUUAUGCACUUAUAUUAGGGAUGCCUGGAACAGGGAAAACAUCCACAUUGGUCCAUGCUGUGAAAGCCUUGUUGAUUAGAGGGACAUCCAUUUUGCUAACUGCGUAUACAAAUUCUGCUGUCGAUAAUUUACUCAUCAAAUUAAAAGCACAGGGGAUUGAUUUUGUACGAAUUGGAAGACAUGAAGUAGUGAAUGAGGAGGUUAGAGAACACUGCCUCUCAGCAAUGAAUGUACAAGGUGUUGAAGAUAUCAAAAUAAGGUUGGAACAAGUCAAAGUUGUUGCAGUUACUUGUCUCGGCAUUUCUAGUCCCUUGCUUGCCAACACGAGGUUUGAUGUAUGCAUUAUGGAUGAAGCUGGACAGACAACUCUACCAGUGUCCUUGGGUCCUCUAAUAUUUGCUUCGACGUUUGUACUUGUUGGGGAUCAUUAUCAACUACCACCACUUGUUCAGAGUGCAGAGGCCCGAGAGAAUGGCAUGGGCAUAAGUUUGUUCUGUAGGCUCUCAGAAGCACAUCCAGAGGCUAUUUCAGCUUUGCAGAGUCAGUAUCGAAUGUGUCAGGACAUUAUGGACCUUUCCAAUGCCUUGAUAUAUGGUGACAGAUUGAGGUGUGGUUCAUUUGAGGUAGCUAACUCAAAACUUGAGUUUUCAGGCUUAAACUGUGAUUUGCCUUGGCUAGAAGAUGUUUUGAAUCCUCGAAGACCUGUUAUAUUUAUUGACACUGACAAGUUGCCUGCUUUAGAGGCAAGAGAUCAGAAGAUUGUAAAUAACCCUAUUGAAGCUCAGAUAAUUGCUGAGGUUGCAAAGGAAUUGGUAAAGAAUGGAAUCGGAAGUGAACACAUUGGCAUUAUUACUCCCUAUAAUUCACAGGCAAACCUCAUCCGGAAUGCUGCUUCCAUGACUUCCUUGGAGAUACAUACCAUAGACAAAUACCAGGGUAGAGAUAAAGACUGUAUAUUAGUAUCUUUUGUAAGGUCUACCGAAAACCCGACAAGCUGUGCUGCUUCUCUGCUUGGAGACUGGCACAGGAUAAAUGUGGCUCUUACUCGCGCUAAGAAAAAGUUGAUCAUGGUUGGAUCUCGGAGAACUCUUCUUAGGGUUCCUCUAUUGAAACUUCUCAUUAAGAAGGUUGAGGAACAAUCUGGAAUUUUAACUGUGACUAAGAAGGAUAUCUAUCGAAAAAGUGAGCUCAAGAGAUGUUCUCAAAUGAGAUGAAUGGAAAUUCUUUUACCCUUAUUUUGAUGGGUUAUAAUAUUAUAUCAUCAUACAAAUCUCAUGUAUGAUGUUGUGAUUGAUUUAGAAAUGUAAAUCUAUACUGUAUAAAAGGAAUUUUGUCACUCAUCGAAUAAUGUAACGAAAAAUAUAGAAAUGACAAGAUAAACGUGAAACAAUAGUUUUAUAUA